CUUGUUGACUUCGCUAGCGACGUUAAGACCGAAUCACUCUCUGAGGCGGUCAGUCUUGGUGUCUGUGGUGGACACCUGCGACCUCGAUUUGUCGCUCGACCCAACCAGCCUGGCAUUUUGACGUAUCAGGGUCUUGACAGCCUGGCGCCUGCCAGUGGCAGAAACGCUCGCUUUGUCAGUCCUGAACCCCUGCUACUGGAUGCUAAACACAUUUCGUCUCCUCAGGAUUUCGGUACUUCUGGUGCUGGGACCAUAUCGCCAUUGGAAUCGGUCCGUGGGCGUCAGGUAGGCGGACUUCUCCGUAAAAGCAGCCUUGUUCUGGAUGAACCACCGAUGAGCUCCAACAAACAGGUGCUCUUUCUAGCCAUUCGGCUAUUUUAUCCAUUGAAUUGUCUACAUUUAUAA